GCGAGUCGCUGCCGCAGCCGCAGCCGCGAUCGCGCGCUCCAAGAAGGGAAGUGGGGACAACAUAACACAGCGCGGCCGCGUGUGCAGACCGCUUUUGCAGAGCUUCGCUCGGCACACGGGGAAACGUUCCGCCUUGUACCGCUGCUGCUGGCUGCUGGCUGCUGCUGCUGGCUGCUGCUACUAGCUGCUGCUGCUGCUGCUGCUGCUGCUGCUGCCGCUGCUGCCUGCCGACUGUCGACUGUCGACUGCUACUCUCAGUCUGCCGGGCGGCCUCGUGCGCGCUUGGUUUCCAUCCGACGAAUCCGCGCGCCACGAAACUACCCGCGCUCGUUCUCGAGGCGGAACGGUCGAGCAAACGAUUACGAACGAACGAGCUAUAGGAGACGAGACGAAGGCGAGCGAGCGGGCGAGCGAACGAACGAACGGACGAGCUCUCACAGGCCGUCGUCGUCGUCGUACGUUACACCGCCGCCGAAAGCAUCGGCUCGGAAAACGAGAGGUGCUCGUCGUCACUCCUCGCCGGACGAUCGACGAGGAUCCGUGAGUGAGGCAGGUCGAGGAGCCGGCUCUCGUUCGCCGCGCGAAUCGUUGACGGCUCGAUAGCCGCCAAAGAGACCCCAGGGUGACCGCGUUUUCGCGCCUCGCCGCUGUUCUUCGUCGCUUAUCGUGUCCACGUGUUCCGCCAACUUUCACGAUUCGUCACGGUCGCAGGAACGGGGAAAAAGUAAAGAAAAAUAAGGAGGAAAAGUCGAAGGGACAGAAAUGAGAGGAUGAUGUUAGUACGCGGGUGGUGAAUCAUCGAGUGACGUGAUCAUGAGACGAUUUUCAGUUCGGAAGCGGAAGACGCGUGUCUUUUGAAAUAAAAAGAGGAAAGAACAUAGACAGAGAGACGGAGCUCGAGAAAGUAAGCCGCUGGUGGUACACAGGACAGGACACUCUGUUGGUGCUGUUUCAGGCUGGGGACCACACGCCGGAACGAAACGGAACAGAAACACGUCGCUUCUUCUACAGGUGUUUCGAAUCGAUUUCUCGGCUUCCGCCAAACGCUCUUUUCCCCUCGUUGUCGCGCCGUGCUUUUCCUCGUGGAUGGUGUGAUGUUCAGUGAGUUUCCUUCACCGGACACGUGAUCCGCUACUCUCGCACUGAUCCUGUCUCUCGCUCUCGUCGCGUGCCUCUUUCGGCAUUACAGUUUCUCUCGACAGUCGUGUUUAUCGGACGUGAAGUUUCACCGGGCACACGGACUCCACGCGGAUCGUUAAUAUUCCAUCGAGAACGAGAAAGAACGGUGUCCCUUUACUGUAAGCCAGUUGUCUUAGAAUCUGACACGAGUGUCGAUUAUUUCGAAUCAUUCUAAUUCCGUUCUAUGUGACACAAAAUUAAGCAAGAAGAAAGAAAAGAAAAAAGAGACGAUCGUAAAAUUUUCAAUCGCGAGGAAGUCGGUAAAAUACAAGGCGAUCGUUUCGAUGGAUCUUGACAGGCGGUGUGUCGCGUCACAACGACGUGUACGUGAAACUUUCUCGCGAAAAUGCAACCGAUAUUAAUCGCGUGCGAUCUCGCGUGGCACCGUCUCUGCGCGUCCUUAUAGUCGCGUGACACCGAUUCUCGGCGCAGAGCUCAGGUUGGACGUGGAACGGGCCGCCCCGUAACCGAAUUUUACGUCUUACGCACAGAGGCAGAUGGGACGUUACGUGAAAGACAUAUAAACAAAAUUUCGGAAUUCAGAAAAUCUUUCCGACUCGAGUUCUACUCGGUGGUUCCAUACACGUACAUAUAUACAUAUAUAUAAAUACAUAUAUACAUACAGAUUACGUCUCAACGUAAACUAAAUAUAUACACAUUACACAUAUAUACAGUACAGAGACGUAAGUGAUAGAGUGGCCCGGUUAACAGUCGGUUCGAAAGGAGCCGGCACACGACUCGAGUUGGGGGAUCGUGACUGUAAACGAUCGAACGUUUCAGCGAAACGGUGUGUUAAAUGACGAGGUGGCCUAAGAGGUGGAGGUGGUGGUGGCCCGAUACGUGGUAAAACGCUCCGGACGAGAUUCGGGGAAAAGGACGGUCGCCACCAGACGGGGAAGAAGCGACAGCGGCGUGGCAGAUGAGAUGUGAAGCACGAGGACUACGCGGCGUGGAGCUGGCAGGAGCGAAGGCGGAAGUUAAGAAGCCAAAGCUGCCGAAGGCGGUCGCAGGGGCGGCGGUAGCUCGAGGGGGCACCUGGCGGGGGCCGCCUGAGAUGACGACCCUGCGACGGGGUAUCGUGGCACCCCGGUACAACACUUACGUCCUGGUUUCGCUGAUCGGACUAUUGCUUCAGACCCAGUCCGCCACGGGCGGCAUAUGCUGGUCUUCCAUCAGUAACGGUCGUUGUAAGGAAUUGUUGUCACAAGGAGUGACGAAGGAAGAUUGUUGCGCGUCGAACGCAGCGGCAGCGACCGCAUACUCCGAGGAAGACCUCGAUAGUGGAAGUCUCUUUUUCUGGAAGGUACUUGGAGGAGGUGUCCAGUGUCGUCCUUGCAGAGAAAGCUGUACGGAAGUAAGGUGCGAGGAAGGGAAGAAGUGCGUGGUGCGUAGAGGAAGACCAAGGUGCGUGUGUAGUCCUGAGUGCAAGGCACCAAGAGGAGGAGGUCCAGUUUGUGGGACAGACGGCAAGAGCUACAAAAAUUUGUGCAGACUGAAGAAACGCGCUUGCAAGAAAGGAAGCCACGAACUAGCGGUUGCCUAUAACGGCCACUGCCAAAGUUCGUGCGCACGAGUCCGGUGCGGCCAAGGCCGGAGCUGCGUGCUGGACCAGAACCUGAGCCCGCACUGCGUGAGGUGCGCCCGCAGGUGCCCCCAGCCGCCCCCGCAACAGCGAGCCGCCGCACGCCCCGUUUGCGGGGCCGACGGAAACACCUACAAGAGUGCCUGCCACCUGCGACUUGCCGCCUGCCGCGCAGGUCGCGCCAUUCCCGUCGCCUAUAAGGGCCACUGCAAACAGAACGCAGACUGUACAACGAUUCGUUGUCGCGAGGGGCAGACGUGUCUAUCGGAGAUGAAGUCGGGUCGACCACGUUGCGUGACCUGUACCUAUCGUUGUCCCCGGAAGCGGGAGCGCGUCCGGAACCGGACACACCGUGAUCGAGAUCCAUCGGCAACCAUGUUGUGUGCCACCAACAAUAUCACCUAUCCAAGCUGGUGUCACAUCGUCAAGGACGCCUGCGCUACCGGCUUCGUCCUCGAGACGCGACACGCCGGCCCCUGCAACGCCUACGACACCUCUCCUCUCUAUAUCGAGGAGGACAACACCUCGAGCAACUACGGCGUCGAUCUGGCGGAUGAGGACGCGAGAUUCGAGGACGCCGAAUCCCUCUCGUACAACGGGCAGACGCAUCGUUCUUUGGCGUUGUCGUAGCGCGCGAUCGAUCGAUCGAUCGGUCGAUCCUGUUCGCCAACACGACACGAGUCGUAGAUUUCUCCAUAGGUGCUCGCUCGAAGGAACCACGCGGAUAGGUGAAACGUGUCGCAAACGGAGAGAUAUCCUUCGAUCCAUUCGCGAAUCUACGAACGAUUCACGCGGAUAAUCGAAAAGUAAACAGAUAAAAUUCAUUCGUUCGCGGAUCUACGUGGCCGAUCGAAGAAUAAUAAGUUAAAAUUCAUCAAUUCGCGGAUCUACGAACGAUCGACGUGGGCGAUCGAAUAAAAUCGAUCGAAGAAUAAAAUUCAACGUAAAAGAAUCCGACGACUACCGCGUCCAAUUCUCUAGAACCGAUCUAGAUCGUAUUAAGGAAAUGUCACGCGAGAUAUCGUGUGAAUUUCCGCUCGAACUUCCGGAGAACUCGAGGAACCACGCGUAACAGACAUGUUCGCGCUUCCUCUUCGCUGGUUAUACAAGAGCGUACAUAUAUGAACGCCAUUAAAAUCGCGUGGAUGCACGAGCGGCGAGAUUCGUGCCGGAUAAUGUAGAUUAAGGGCAGAUCAGUAUUCUUUUCUCCGUUUUCGGGAGGAUUUCGAGGUUUCGCAGGUUCGUUCGCGUACAAGUGACGAUUUCUUUUUGUUUUUUUUUUUUUUUUUUUUUUUCAUUCGAAAGGAAGCGGAAAACUGGCGAAUCGAGACUAAUUUAACACUUUCGUGAUCGAAGCGCGCGAUUUGCUACCAGUCGGGAGCCAUUCGCGCAAGUUUGUAUCUAUUGUCUCGGUGUACAUAAGUAUUUCACGAGUUUAACGCAGACAAUUGUGUAAGAAAUUGAUUAUCUCGCAUUUUGAGAACGUUUGAUAGUGUUGUCGGUUGUACGAAUACAAAAAUAUUUGAACUUUUUAAAUUUCCAUAGUACUUUCUGUGAAAAAAGUAUUUUAGAAGUAUCAUUGGUGAAUUUAUUAUAAAGAUAAAGUGUUUCUCCGAUGUUUUUAAGAGUACAAUGUUGGUGUAUAUGUUAACUCCGGUCGAUGAAAAUCACUAUUAUAAUAUAGAUAGUGUACGAAUUAAGCGAAGUUGUAAAUUGCUGUAAGUAUUGUUUCGUCAUCUGCUUUCUUUCUUUUGCCUUUUUAGCGUUAUUUUUAUUCGGAACAGUUUUAAUCGAUAAUGUACCACAGUGUUCUUUUGUAUUAAUUUAUUAUAAUGUUAAUUAAUUUAUUGUUCGAAAUAAUAUGAAUAAACGAAGUCUGAUUGGAAAA